AUGAACUUCAAGUGGUCUUACGUCAAGUAUAGUUUGUUGGCCCUGCUCUCGUUAUCGAUUGUAGUGCUUUUAGUUUUAUUAUUUAUCCCAAACUCCCCAGUCAAAGCAGGCCUCAUUACCGUAUUUGACUUCAUUGAAGACACAAACAAGUUCCUUUCUGCACUCAUCGUCGUCGGCCUCUUCAUUCUCGACCUUGUCUUUAUGUUGCCUGCAACACCAUUUACACUUGCAUGUGGGUAUUUAUAUGGGUUGUGGUUCGGUCAAUUCGUCAGCUUUAUGGGGUGCUUCCUUGGCGCAUUUGUCUCUUAUUUAAUUGGAAGAUUCUUUGGAAAGAGCAUCAUCAGUUCCUACAUCGAGAAACAUCCAAAGAUCGGUUUGAUCCAGAAAAUUGUUGAAAAGAAGGGAAUUGUGUUUAUCUUUAUGCUCCGGAUAUCGCCUAUCUUCCCGUUCCCCGUGCUAAACUAUACCCUCGGGCCGGUCUGUGGUAUCCUAUCGUAUUCAAUUGGAACAGCACUUGGCCUCUUUCCAAGUAACCUCCUCGUGACGUACUUUGGAACUGCGAUUUCGUCAGUUGCAGAAAUGUUCAAUGGCACCGGAUACAACCCACUUAAUAUCUGCGUGUUGGUUGGAACAACAAUACUUUCUAUCGUGUUAUUGAUUGGAAUAACUAUCUACACAAAGAGGACAAUGACAAAAAUAUUGAACGAGGAGGCACAAAAGACGUCUGUGCCCGAUGAAGAAGAAGGAACUGAAAUGAAAACAAUUGUAAGAACUGGGAAAAAGGAUAACAACAAUGACAUGCCAAACAGCCCAAAAGAUUCAAAACUUUGCGAACAGGCAAAAGGUGUCAACGAAUCUGAAAAUGUUCCUUUAGAAUUGCCUUCAACUGUGUCUGAAGCUGUUCACAGCGAUGAUAAAGACAAAAGUGACUCAGACUCAAUGGAGUGUGUUGUGAUCAAAGAGACUGUUGCAAUUCCCGAGGCUGAACAAACUGAAGCAAGAGUACUUGUUUCAAAUAUGUAG